GUUCGUGUGUGGAAACUUUCAAACACUUUCCGAAUUCUCCAAGCAACACACGUUCUCAAAAGGAAAACUUACUCAACAGAAUUUUCGUUCCGUAUCGCAUUUGACUUUUUUUGUUGUUUGGAUAUUUGUUUGUGUUUUGUAUUUUUGCUGCUGUCACUGGUAUGGUUUGCUGUUUUGUUGUUGUCCAUGGCUUUUUGGCGUGCGUGUGUGUCCGUUUGGAAAGAGUGAGCUAGUGUGUGAGUGCCUUAGUGCGGUGUGAUUGGGCAACUUCGAAAUCAGCAACAACAGAAAAAUUCUUGUAUACGGUUUUCAACGGUCACAACGAACUGCACGCAGUGAAUCAAAAGCGGAAACAAGUGAAAAUCGAAAAUAAAGAAAUCAAAGCAAGAAAAAUUGUGUGAAAAUAAUGAAAUAGUCCCAAAGAUAAGCCUCUUAAAUGAUCUGUAAAUGAAAGGGCUAAGGUUGUAGUGUAAUUUAUCGAGAAAGUGUCCACCAUCAGCACAGUUAGAGUACGAGACGGAGGAGGAUACCACUUUACUGAAAACCGUACCAAAUUUUUACUCUUCUAAAGACUCCAACGAUAAACACUGCCUUCGAUAAUGACAAUUUGCUGAACCUAAUUCGCUUUACUAAAGAGAGAGAGAGAGAGAGAGAGAGAAAGAAGAUAGAGGGAGAGAUCAAUUACCUAAAAGACUUGAAAGUGCAACACCAAGCAAUCAGCGCAAGUUGAACUGCUACGCGGCUUAAACAGAAACAUGGUGUUGCCAUUCGGUUUGGGUUCAGAUGGUCAUCACAAUCCCGACAGUAGCAGCAGUACUACUACAAGUGCCAAGGGCAAAGGCACUGCUGGUGGUGGGGGAGACAGCAAUUCUGGAUCCGGUGGUAAUACCAGUCGAACCGUAAGCUACGCCCCCACAGCUCCGCCCUUCUUCAUGAGGGCGCACACAAAUGUGUCAACUGGUGUGCCGAUAAUACCAUGUCCCCACAUUGACUUCAUCGUGGUCAAUGGGGAUGAUCGCUACAUGAUACGAUGCGAACGCAAGGCCGUAUUGGAAAAUAGCGUUGAGCUGGCUAAAGUGAUACAUGCCGGCCCAAACAGCGGACGCAAAGGUGAUAAUCAUUUUCAAAUCUCAAAUGUAGAUAAACAUGAUUUCGAACUUGUCAUACGAUUUUUGGAAACAAAAUUUGUCAAAUAUCGUGAUCAUUUGCACAUAUUGAAAAUCCUUGAAUUGGCUGACCGAUACAAUUGUCCCGAUUUGAUUAUCCACUGCAUCCGAGAACUGGACCUUCAACUGUGUAGUGCGACCGUGAUCGAUGUAUUCCGCGCCCUUUGGUUCUAUCAGGGCAUCACGACAUCGAAUCCGCACCAGUUCGGCUCGGUCAUAACUACCCAAGAGUUGGCCUCAAAGAAAAGUAAACGUAAGGCCCACCAAUUGGCUGUGGCGAAUUCGAGUACAAGUGGGAAUUCCAACACUAAUCCGAGUACAACUACAAGCAAUAUACCUGCCCCUAAUCCAAAGCCCUUCACAACGGAAGACUAUGGAGUGGCUCUGCUGAACAAUGCCCUUCAACUGAUCGACAUGCAUGCCGAAUUGAUUCUGAGUAAACCAGAAAUGACUGAAUUGCGUUUUGAGGAACUGGAGAUGAUAGCAAAACGUGAUGCCCUGCAAUUGAGCUCAGAACUUACACUCUUCACCUGCCUGGCCGACUGGAGCAUAGCGGAAUGCAAGCGCAAGAAAUUGGACGCCACGGCGGAGAAUCGCUGCCGCGUCCUAGGUCCCUUGUGUUUAACGCCUCGCUAUUGCUUGAUGACAGCAUCGGAAUUUCGAAAAGCAUGUGAUCGCGUCGAGUUGUUGAAUCCCAUAGAGACAUCACUGGUCGGUGAUGCCAUAGAAGGUAAAAAACUCAAGAAUUUAACACCAGAGCAAAGUCAAUUAUUGGAGAAGUUUCGAACACCGCGGCCAGAAUUUGCCAAAAUGCCCAUUAACCUUAGUGAUAGAAGUAACCCAAAGAACUAUCCAAAAAAGAUGAGACGGGCCGAAAAAGGUUCCUCCGAGGAAGGCUGCUGGGAAAAUUUCGGACUAAAUUGCUUGGCGGUAUUUGCAUGCAUCUUCGAUUAAGGCUAGUGUUACGUUGCGAAUUCGCUCACAAUGAUGGUAGUUAAAGAAUCCCCCAAAACCCAACUCAAUGUACUCUUGAUUUACGUUUAAGUUUUUAAGUUUAGCUAAUUUAUGAUGAUAAGUAAGGAUGAAGCCGUAUCUUAAAUCGUUAUCAGUCAUCGCCAGUAUUAUUUGCGGUCACAACAUGUGAAGAGAGAAUGAGAGAGUGCACACACGCACACAUUGACCUCAACUGACACAACAUUAAAUAUAUGGAAGUCCUGACCCCACAAAUUCAGUUUCGAUUACUGCACCUAAGAUUUCCAACUCCUAUAGAACAUCACUUAUUUAAUGUGUCCACCGUCCAUUUGUUGCGAGAGAUGAUCUUACAUAGCAAAUGACACAAGGUAGUGCUACUAGUACUUGUAGAUGGUAGCUGGUUUGGCGUUGUUUAUUCAAACUGAAAUGAAACUAAUGGCGUAUACUAUGCUCGCUUUUCACUAAUUGAGUCUUAUUUUCAAGAGGGUAGUCAGAAACGAUAGCGAUGCAAAAAAGAACUGCAACAUAUUUUGUCUACAAAUGGAAAUGUACUUCUUUAAGGUGCUAUCACACUAUAUGUUCUUGUCUUCUGACAAACUUUUAGAGUUGCACACAUAGUGGGAUACAAAUGCAACUAACACAUGAACAUCACUUUUCAAAAUGGCACUGUUAUUUUUCGAUUAGAGCGGUGCUCCAUUCCUCCUGAUAAUAACAUAACGAAAUCUGCUGUUGAUGUUUUAAGUUGAAUGGAAGCAAUCCCAAAUUAAAUUGUUUUCACAACAUAAAACUAGAUUGCUAGGAUUGUACAAUAGACAGCGAAUAAUUGAUGCGAAAAGAGUGACAGUAUCGAUUCCUCUUGGAAGAGAUUAAAAUACCUCUCAGUUGAGGGCAACAAGUUCGAAUACCCUCACCUCAAAAUGAUGGCCUGAAAUUUUGAAAGUCAAUUGAACUUUCUUCAGAGACUACAAAUAACUACUUGAAAGAGAUCUUUUUAAUUUUGCUAAGUUAUGACAAAAAUCGGAUUGAUUUUCCAUAUUCCAUGCAACACUGAAAUUAACCUACGAUUUUUAUUAAUUUUUGCACUAUCGAUUGACAAACAAUAUCAAUAUAUAACAGAUUUAACUCGUAUCUAUGAGUGUAGUAUUUGGUUAAUUUUAGCUGCCCGAUUAACACUGACAGUUGUAGCAUAUUUUUGUUUUUGUUUUUGUUUUUGUUCUUGGUUGCCAACAAAAAAAUUUAUAUAUGUUACAAAUCACAAUCGAUUUUUGUAAGUUUUCCCAAUAUAUCUUUGUCGAUAUUGUUAAGGCUUUUCAAUAUAGAGACGAACUCAAUUCCUCAUUUAAUACUUUCUCUCUCACUCUCAUUCUCGGUCUGGCUGCUUUCCCCUCUUAUUCUCGUUUAUUUUUUUCUAGUCAAAUUUGUUAAGUGUUACUCUAUUCAUUAUAUGUAUACACAUUACGUCUACAUACAUACUCGCACACGUCCCUACGUAAUUAGACAAACAAAUAUUAUUGUUGUUGUUAUCGGCUUAUGUUGUUAAACAAAUUAUUUUGAAAAAGGUUUUAAGUUCACACAUUUUUUUAUGUCACCGAAGGAAAUGGUGAUGACAUAUGAAAUGGCAAACGCACACACACAUAUACAUAAACCUAUACCCGAAACUGGAAAACUAUUUGUUAUAUUAGGAAAAUUGCAAAUGUGUGUGUAAUAAGAGAAUAUAAAAAAACAAAAUAAAAAUAAAAAAAAUACCCAUUAGUACUUCAUAUUAUACUAGUUCAUACAUACAACUUGCGUACAUACAAUGAAUCAAUGAAACAUUUUGUAAAUAAAAUUCUUAUUGAGCUUU